AUGUCAUUAUCUAAUUUACCCAAUGAAGUAUUCUCUCAAAUAUUAGACCUGAUUCCUUUCCAAGACAAAAAGACUUGCAUGCUCAUCUGUCAUGCUUGGCAUGACCGAUUCCAGUCUGUGGUUUUAAAAAGCCUGUCUAUUCGCAGCCGUAAAGAGUUUAAGGCACUCUUUUUAAAACUAAAGGAGUGGGAAAAAACACAGUCUGUACCGUUGGGUCUUCUCAUGCGUCGAUUGAGCUUGGCACCUCGUGUAGGCAUGAGCAAUGCCGAAUUUCAACAAUUACCCUUGUACUGCCCGUUUCUCGAAUACCUUGAUUUCAACCCACAACUUUGGAACUAUUUUAGUUAUACCAACGAAAUCAAACGCUGGACUUAUCUCUCUCGAUUUCCAUGCAUGCAGCGACUCCAAUUGACAGUUCCGAUUUUACGUGACACAGGCCAACAUUUGACGUAUUUGGAAAUGAAAGUGGAUGAUUCACAGACCGAUCUUUCUGUGGUGGUGUCCUUAUUGGGUUUAUCACCCAACUUGACCUGUCUUCAAUUGGAGAGUGGGAUCAAGGUAGGUACAACCAUUUCGAUAUCUGAUUUUGAAUCGAUCCAUACCCUCUGUCCGCGCCUAAGACAAUUGGAGCUAUCUGGAUUUCAUGCACGCUUAUUUUCAAAGGACGGUUAUCUGGUCGACAUGGAAACAUUACCGAUCGCUCGUGGAACAAGACAAUUGCGGUUAGAUUUAUGCAUCAAUCAUGAAUCCUUUUUAGAUUAUUGGGGUCACAAAUACCCGGAACUACAGACACUCCAUCUCCAAUUAAAAAUUCUGGAACCCGAAUAUUUCCAUGAACCAGUAGAAGGUGAGCAUGCCCUUAUGAAGGCCUCAUUUACGCAUAUGGCAAGCCAAUUUAAGCAGCUGGUGAAACUCUCUGGCCAGUUUGAUGAAAAGUAUUUCCCCUGCGAUGUGUUUUUACGCGGUAUGAAUAGUCGACCGAUGGAAUCACUCUCUCUUCAUUUUUACAACUUUGAUUAUCUACGAAGAAGCGCACGUAACUUUAAAAUCUUGAUGAACAGGUCGAUAGAGACCUUGAAAGAGUUGGAGAUUGUGAACUGGGAUAGGAGCUGGGAUUACGAACAAGAUAUUUUGGUACCCAUGGGUAAACUGACGGGAUUAAGAACACUCGUGCUCUCGCCUCAACCUGGGACAUUGACCGAGUUUGAUUUGGACGUGAUUUUGGAUUAUUGCCCAGGGUUAGAUAGUCUGACUUUAAAAAAUACUUAUAAUUUAUUUGUUCAUUGCCAUGAUGUGACCAAAAGACACGGUCUAAAAGCGUUCUCUUUGGAACAUUCGAUGGUGAACAAUGCAUUGUUUGAUUAUCUCUCUAUCCGAUGUCCUCAAUUGACCAGACUCUCGUUGGAUCAUAUGACCAAGCCGUACGACGGGGAAAUUGCCGUGAAGAUCCAUAUGCCCAAUCACGUAUUCGAAUUCAUUCAUCUUCGUGGACUAAACAUGGGGCUAAGAAUGGAGGAUGCUGGCUUUCAAUCAAAUUGCUCUUCCACCAUUUGUUCCUUAGAGGAGGAGGAGAAGGCGCGCUCUGCUGGCGAACGUUGGUACCACUUGUAUCAACCUAAAGCGAAACAUGGUCACAGUCCAUGUCCAACGUUACAGCGACUGCAUAGCGUACAAAAUUUAAAGGAGACAAAAGGGACAAAAGAAUUAUGGGAGACAGUUGCAUUUGCAGGUGUUAGACUUCAAUACGAACCCAAAAAGAACUGGAAAUUCGACAUACCUUUUGGUUUUACAUCUCAAUUAGCUGUAGCUCGUCAAAGCAGAUUUAUUCAGAUAUCCAUGCUUGUCAUUUCAAUUCGUAUGAUUGUCUGA